AUGUCGAUGAACCAUCAUUUACCGAAGAAGAUCUCAUUAGUACCUAAGAAACAUCAUGGAUUUCAGUUCUUCUUGUUCUUGUGUGGUUUGCUACUACCCCCGAUCGCCGUAGCGGUCCGUUUCGGUAUAGGAAAAGAUUUCUUCAUCAACGUUUUCCUAUGUAUCUUAGGAUAUUUCCCUUGUCAUUUCCAUAACUUCUAUAUCCAAAAUAUACGAAACAACCAGAACAGAGCUCGUACACCCAAAUGGGCAAUCAAGCACGGUCUAGUCGACAAUUCCGACCGAGAACGACGAGCAAGGAAGAAUCAAUGGUCCAAACGAUUCGACGAGAGGAACGCACAUUCGACACUUAGAGAUCAAGAGUUGGAAGAGGGUGAGGAAGGUGGCAAUUACGAUCCUUCCAUCAGGUCUGAUCCUGAGGAAGUACAAAGAAGGAGGAAUGAAGGGUUAUGGACAAAUGAUGAUGAGGAGUAUUACAACGAGGACCAAGCUCCGAACCAGAGGAACUGGCAUUACCCAGCCAAUUUCGAGGGUACAGUAGGCGACGGCAGAUCUUACAAACGUGGUAAAUCGGGCACAUCAGGCGAUAGAUGGGAGCGAGCAUCAGCCCGAAGGUCUUCCAACGCUUCAUCCUCCGGUUAUCCACCUGUAGCAGCUACAGAUGCGGACGUACCAGAGUGGGGUAAAGAUUAUGGAUCCAAGAGAAGAUCAUCUAAGAACAAGAAAUCAAACAAUAAGAAAGUUGAUUGGAUAAAUGAUAGUCCUAAUGACUAUAACAACAACUCUUGGAGAAAUAACGGUUCACAAUCUAGUUUAUCGAAUGGUAAUGCCGGAGGUGGAAGAUCCAAUGGUAGACCUGCUGGUUCGAAUGGUAGUGGAAGGGCAGGGGGCGAUCCAAAUUGGGAUCAUGAAUUUUAA